AUGACAUUUCCUUCAUCACUAAUUUCUGUUUCUGUAAUUGGACCAGACAAAAGUCCAAUAUACAUCAAAAAGAAUGAUGAUGAAAAAGAGUCUCUUGAAGUCGAAGCUACAUUAUUUGAAGCAAUUCAAAUUAUAGACGCGCUACCUCCUAAAAUAUACGUUCGCUCAUCAGAUAGAUUACUUGCAAGAGUACACAAAACAGACAAAUUCACUUUAUGGGCUUAUAAAGCUAGUUUAAACUAUAUUAUUAUUGCAAUUACUCCAACGCCUCUUAUAAUUCUAGAAAAAGUAAUGCUUCAAUUUUUAGAAAAGGUUAAAGAUGCUAUGUUUUAUGCAUUUACUGAUCCAUUCUAUAAUUCAUUUGCACCUUUAACAUCUAAGAUUUUUGAUCAGAAAGUCUUAGAGCUUUCUGCAUCUGUUGUACCACAAACAGUUUCGGGAUCACCUCAGUAA